AUGGCAGAUUCAGAGCCUCAGAGACGUGCAGUUGACUCGGACAAAGUCUGGACAACUCUCAUCACCAACCUCAACUACCUGCCUGGCCUUCUUACUCUUGACUACUCCCUUCGGGUCGUUAACUCGCGGUACCCCCUCGUAGCUCUUUAUACCGACUCAUUUCCCUCAGAAGGCCGUGAAGCCCUGCGUGUCCGUGGUAUUCCCUCUCAGCGCAUACCCUACCUCCUCCCAACCAAAGGUCACGACUUCACAAACGAGCCGCGGUUCUACGACUGUUGGAGCAAACUUGCACCUUUCUCCCUGACUGAGUAUGACCGUGUCGUCCAGCUCGACUCGGACAUGCUCGUUUUGAGGAACAUGGAUGAGCUGAUGGACCUCGAGCUGGAUCCCCCUGCGCUGGCUGCAACGGGGGACAAAACUACUAGCAAACGUGUCUUUGCAGCAGGCCAUGCUUGUGUCUGCAAUCCUCUCAAGAAACCUCACUACCCCAAAGACUGGAUCCCCUCAAACUGCGCCUUCACGUCGCAGCACGCGAACCCUGACGUUGCCCAAUCUGUGGGUGCAGACCCUUCUGUCGGACCCGUGGGCUCUAUAAAUGGGGGCUUACAGGUCAUCAACCCCUCAAAGACACUCUACACCCAGAUCCUAGCGUACAUGGAGACGAAUACGGACAACAUGGACUUUGCAGAUCAGUCGCUGCUAUCUGACUUGUACCGCGGGCGUUGGGUCGCGCUACCCUACGUAUACAACGCGCUCAAGACUUUGAGGUGGGAGGGUGUGCAUGCACAAAUCUGGCGGGACGAGAAUGUCAAGAACAUUCACUACAUUCUGAGCCCCAAGCCGUGGGAUGAGAUUGAUGAGAAGGGCGAGUGGACGGGGACUGAGGAGACGCACAGCUGGUGGGUUGACAUGAAUAGGGCGAGGAAGGCUGCAGAGAAGGAGAAGGGGAUUCCUGAUGACGGCUUUUAG